GGCGGACCCAGGUCACAGAGCAGGCGGGAGGGAAGGAGGGUGUGCGUGUGAGUGCUCUUCGAGAUGGUGAGUUGCGCUGUGGGCAGGGGUUGGGGAAACGCGAGGGGCAGUUCGUUCACCCGCAGUGGCUGCGUGCUUGCAGCGACCCAGAGAGCAUACGGCCUGCGACUCGGCGAGCAGGUGUCCCCCCUUGGCCAGGGCUCCGCUUUGCCCAGGACCCAGGCUGCUGAGGCUGGCCGCAGGGUGGCCUGCUGGAGACAGGUGUGUUGGAGGUCGGGUCAGAACAAUGACAGUGAGAUGGCCUCUCAGGAAUGGAGGGAGGUGGGCAGAGGCCAGCAUGAGGCCACGGGUGGCCAGUGCACAUCCGUCUCCACUGCAGGCACCGUCCUCCCCAGCCUGCAGCUCUGUGGGCCCAUGAUUGGCAGUAUGACCAGGUUGGGAGCCCAAGAGCAGGGAACAAGGGGCCGCUGAAGGGGUCGAGGACCACAUCCACCCAGCAGUGCUGGGGGCGGGGAGCCCGGCUCGCCCUCCCGCAGAGCAUCUGGAACUACCUGGUUCUGUGGUGACAGAGAGGAGGUGCCAGAGCGCCUAGAGGGUAGCAGGGCCAGAGUACACCCUCCAGAGGGGACAGCGAGCCCUGCCCUGGGGGACCAGGGCCCCUAUGGUCACGGGACAAGGAGGCCCACAUGGCCGGUCAGCCCGCAGAGGAGACGGUGGGUUGGACCAAGGGAGCAGGGGAGGUUGUGGGCUGCUCUGGGCAAUGGGCAUGAUGUUCCUGGAGCCAGGGAGCCGUGGCGACGGGACAGCGUGGGCCGAUGGGCGCGAUUCCGCAGCAGGUGGUGCUAGGCACUGGGUGGCCAGGGCUGCCAGAGAGGAGCAGGGCAGGGCACUAAGGGGCCUGGGGAGAAGCGGGUAAGAGCUGGGAGGCAGGAGGACCCUUGGAAAGGACAGGGCCUGCCAGGGCAGAUGUUGGAGAAGGAACAGGAAGGGACUGAGGCCACGCCCAGGCCCUGCAGUGGGUGGUCCUGGAGCCUUUGAAGUGUGCAGUUCACAGGAGGAAGUGUGUCUCUAGGGCUCCCAUGCAGGUUAGCCUCGGGCCCAGCCUGGUAAUCGUGCCUGAGGGAAUACUUGGGGACAGUCGGCUUAAGGACACAGGAGGAGCCUGACCAGAGGAAGUGAAGACUCCGCCCGAGGAACCUUCGUCCGCCCUGUGCUCGGCGCCAUGCUGGAGGCCGAGGCAGGGACGAUCGAGCCGAUAACUAUGCCACGUUGUCAGGUCCCGCCCCACGCUCACUCUGAUGCCCGUCCCACCUUCUGACCACCCGGAAUGGAAUGAUUCUAUGCACUCCCUCCGGAUCAGCGUGGGAGGCCUUCCUGUGCUGGCAUCCAUGACCAAGGCCGCGGACCCCCGCUUCCGCCCCCGCUGGAGGGUGAUCCUGCCAUCCUUCCUGGGCGCUGCCCUCCUCUGGUUGCUUUACUCCCACCGCCCGGCCCCAGGCAGGCCCCCCACCCAUAACGCCCACAACUGGAGGCUCAGCCAUGUGCCCGGCGACCGGUACAAUGACACCUACCCCCUGUCGGCCCCCCAGAGGACUCCAGGCGGCAUCCGGUACCGGAUCGCAGUCGUCGCCGACCUGGACACGGAGUCGAGGGCCCGAGAGGAGAACACCUGGCUCAGUUACCUGAAGAAGGGCUAUCUGACCCUGUCGGACAGCGGGGACAAGGUGACCGUGGAGUGGGACAAGGACCGUGGGGUCCUGGAAUCCCACCUGGCAGAAAAGGGGAGGGGCAUGGAGCUGUCCGACCUCACCGUCUUCAACGGCAAACUGUACUCCGUGGACGACCGGACGGGGGUCGUCUACCAGAUCGAGGGCACCAAGGCCGUGCCCUGGGUCAUUCUGAGCGACGGUGACGGCACCGUGGACAAAGGCUUCAAAGCCGAGUGGCUGGCGGUGAAGGACGAGCACCUGUAUGUGGGCGGCCUGGGCAAGGAGUGGACCACCACCACGGGGCAGGUGGUGAACGAGAACCCCGAGUGGGUGAAGGUGGUGGGCCACCGAGGCAGCGUGGACCACGAGAACUGGGUGUCCAACUACAACGCCCUGCGCACGGCCGCCGGGAUCCGGCCACCAGGCUACCUCAUCCACGAGUCCGCCUGCUGGAGCGACACCCUGCAGCGCUGGUUCUUCCUGCCGCGCCGCGCCAGCCACGAGCGGUACAGCGAGAGGGACGACGAGCACAGGGGCGCCAACCUCCUCCUGAGCGCCACCCCGGACUUCGGGACUAUCUCCGUCCGCCGCGUCGGGGAGCUGGUCCCCACACACGGCUUCUCGUCCUUCAAGUUCAUCCCCAACACCGACGACCAGAUCAUUGUGGCCCUCAAGUCCGAGGAGGACAGCGGCCAGGUGGCCACCUACAUCAUGGCCUUCACGCUGGACGGGCGCCUCCUGCUGCCGGAGACCAAGAUCGCAAGCGUGAAGUACGAAGGCAUCGAGUUUAUUUAAGUGCCGCUUGGCGGGCGUCCACGCGGACUGCACUCCGGUCUCGCGCUGCUUCCUUUUGGAACUUGGGUGUAUGCGCUUGGUCUAGCGCCCUCCCAGUAGAGAGCUCGGACCCUGCGGGAAGCAGCGGCGG